CAUGACUCUUGUGAAUAAUGCAAAUGGCAAUGGAUGCUCAACUAGGUUUUCUUGUUUCUCUUCUCCUCCUCUUCAUUCCAUUAUUGAUUUUCCUGGUAAAAAAAAUAACAAAGAAACAAAACAAGAACCUUCCACCAAGCCCUCCAAAGCUUCCCAUCAUAGGCAAUUUACACCAGCUUGGUUCAUUGCCUCACCAAUCAUUAUGUCAACUCUCCAAAGAAUAUGGUUCAGUGAUGCUUCUUCACCUCGGAAACUUGCCAGCUGUUAUUGUCUCCUCUGCUGAAGCUGCAAAACAAGUGAUGAAGACUCAUGAUCUCGGCAGUUGCAGCAGACCUCAAUUACAUGGUCCUAAGCAACUGACAUACAACUACCAUGACUUGGCAUUUUCACCUUAUGGAGAAUAUUGGAGAGAGAUUAGGAAAAUUUGUGUGCUUGAGCUCUUCAGUGUGAAAAGGGUAAAUUCAUACCAAUCAAUUAGAGAAGAGGAAGUUACUAAGCUCAUCAACUCCAUAUCUCAUCACUCCUCAUCUUCUCCUGGUGCUCCUGUUGAUCUUACUAAGAAGUUGUUUACUCUUACUGCUAGCAUAAUUUUCAGGAUUGCUUUUGGGACAACUUUUCAAGAUGCUAAAUUUUCCGAGGAGAAAUUUCAUGACAUGAUUUUAGAGAUUUCAGCCAUCCUGGGAAGUUUCUGUGCAGCUGAAUACUUUCCAUAUGUGGGAUGGAUUGUUGACAAGCUUUCGGGUUUAGAACAAAGGAGCAAAAGGAUUUUUCACAAGAUGGAUGAUUUCUUUCAAAAAGUGAUUGAUGAUCAUCUUAAUCCUGGGAGAGUAAAACAAGAGCAUGAAGAAGAUAUUAUUGAUGUGCUUUUGAAAAUAGUUAAUGAGCAAACUAGUUAUAAAGCAGCUUCACUGACCAUAGACAAUAUCAAGGCAGUACUCUUGGACAUGUUUCAAGCUGGGGUUGAUACUGGUGCUAUUACCAUGGUGUGGGCAAUGGCAGAGCUAGCCAAGAAACCCAAACUGAUGAAGAAGGCACAAGAUGAAGUUAGAACUUGUAUUGGAAACAAAGGAAAAGUCUCAGAAACAGACACUGAUCAGCUUCAAUACCUCAAAAUGAUAGUAAAAGAAACUUUGAGAUUGCAUCCUCCAGUUCCUAUGCUUGUUCCAAGAGAGACCAUAUCACAUUUCACCGCCAAUGGAUAUGACAUUGAGCCGAAAACACUGCUCCAAGUGAAUGCUUGGGCGAUUGGACGAGACCCCAAGAACUGGAAGGAUCCCGAAGAGUUCAUCCCAGAGAGAUUUGAGGAUAGUUCCAUUGAUUUCAAAGGUCAACAUUUCGAGCUGUUGCCAUUUGGAUCGGGGAGAAGAGCAUGUCCUGCCAUUUACAUGGGAACAACAACAGUUGAAUUUGGGCUUGCAAAUCUCUUAUACAGCUUUAACUGGAAAUUGCCUGAUGGAAUGAAAGAACAAGAUCUCAACAUGGAAGAGAUAGCUGGUCUUUCUAUUACCAACGGUAAGAGAACUGCCGUCAACCUUGUCCCGGAGAAGCCCUUUUAAU